UGAUCAGCUGUGUCCAAUCACAGCUGAUCUCAUACAUGUACACUGAUCAUCAGUGCACUGAUGAUCAGUGUAGCCCCAGCAGUGCCACCUGUCAGUGUCCAUCAAUACCAACUGUCAGUGCUCAUCAGUGCCACCUUCCAGUGCCCAUCAGUGCCACAUAUCAGUGCCUUCCAGUGCACAUCAAUGCCACAUAUCAGUGCUCAUCUGAGCUGCCUUUCAGUGUCACCUAUCAGUGCUAGUCAGUGCCAUCUAUCAAUGACAGUCAGUGCCACCUAUCAGUGCUGCCAAUGCCACCUAUCAGUGCCAGUCAGUGCCGCCUAUAUAUCAGUG